AUGUAUGGGCGGUACACCCAGGAGCUGGGUGUGUAUGCCAAGGAGGAGGCAGCCCGCCUACGGGAUGGAGGAGUGCGGGAUGGCGGCGGACUGCGGAGGAACACCAGCGUCCGUAGUCGUGCUGCAGAUCUGCUGGAGUACGAGAAAGACCCCUGUGCAAAGUGCCAGUCUUGUGCGUCUCGCUGCCAGAAGUUCCUGAUCUCGCGGGUGGGAGAGGACUGGAUCUUCCUCAUUCUGCUGGGGCUGCUCAUGGCUCUCGUCAGCUGGGUCAUGGACUACGCCAUCGCUUUCUGCCAAGAAGCACAGAAGUGGAUGUAUGGUGGGCUGGACAGCAACAUGCUUCUGCAGUACAUCGCCUGGGUCACCUACCCUGUAGUACUCAUCACUUUCUCAGCAGGAUUUACGCAGAUCCUGGCGCCUCAGGCUGUGGGUUCAGGCAUCCCGGAGAUGAAGACGAUACUCAGGGGGGUGGUCCUGAAGGAGUAUCUGACUUUCAAGACCUUUGUGGCCAAAGUCAUUGGCCUGACCUGCGCUCUGGGCAGCGGGAUGCCUCUGGGAAAGGAGGGACCCUUCGUUCAUGUCGCCAGCCUGUGCGCUGCUCUCCUGAGCAAAUUCAUGGCUGCUCUUUUUGGGGGGAUAUACAUGGAAGAGGCCUUUGAGGGAAGCAAGAACGAGCUGAGGAACACGGAGAUGCUGUCGGCCGCCUGUGCGGUGGGUGUGGGCUGCUGCUUUGCUGCCCCUAUCGGAGGGGUGCUGUUCAGUAUCGAGGUCACAUCAACAUUUUUUGCUGUGAGAAACUACUGGAGGGGCUUCUUCGCUGCCACCUUCAGUGCUUUCAUAUUCAGAGUGCUCGCCGUGUGGAACCAGGAGGAAGAGACCAUCACUGCUCUCUUUAAGACCCGUUUCCGCCUGGACUUCCCGUUUGACCUUCAGGAGCUGCCGGCGUUCGCCAUCCUCGGCAUCGCCUGCGGUUUUGGCGGCGCUCUGUUUGUCUACCUGAACCGCCUGAUUGUCGAGUGCAUGAGGAAGCAGAAGACUAUUAACAAGUUCUUGCUGAGGAAGCGUCUGGUCUAUCCUGCCCUCGUCACCCUGCUGGUCUCCACACUCACGUUCCCACCGGGCUUCGGGCAGUUCAUGGCUGGACAGCUGACGCAGCACGAGUCUCUGGUCGCGCUGUUCGACAACCGCACGUGGUGCCGCCAGGGCGUGGCGGAAGAGUUCGACUACAUCAGCCACCACCACGCCUGGAAACACCCCCAGGUCAACGUCUUCAUCACACUCAUCCUCUUCAUCAUCAUGAAGUUCUGGAUGUCCGCUGUGGCCACCACCAUGCCUGUUCCAUGUGGGGCCUUCAUGCCAGUUUUUCUUAUUGGUGCGGCAUUCGGCAGACUCGUCGGAGAGAUCAUGGCGACCAUGUUUCCUGAUGGCAUACAUGCCGAUGGCACCGUGUAUCCCAUCGUUCCUGGUGGUUAUGCUGUAGUUGGUGCUGCAGCUCUGUCGGGUGCAGUCACCCACACUGUGUCCACAGCAGUCAUAGUGUUUGAGCUGACCGGUCAGAUCUCCCACAUCUUGCCUGUGAUGAUCGCAGUUAUCCUGGCCAACGCCGUGGCCCAGGCGCUCCAACCAUCCUUGUACGACUCCAUUAUUCGCAUCAAGAAACUUCCUUAUCUGCCCGAGCUGGGGAUGGGGCAUCACGAGAAAUAUAAUAUCCGUGUGGAGGACAUCAUGGUCAGGGACGUGCGCUUCAUCACUCUGAACUCCUCCUAUCGGGACCUGCAGGAGAUGCUGCUGACUGGUCAGCUCAAAACGCUGGCCUUGGUUGAAUCCAGAGACUCCAUGAUCCUCCUGGGCUCCAUAGAGCGACUCCAGCUCCAGUCUCUGCUCUCUCUUCAGCUGGGCCGCCAGCGCAGGCUGGAGUACCUCCGGCAGCUGGCCCAGGACAACGGCACCAACGACCACCUUCCCAGCCUGACCACCGACAGCACCCCCAGCUCACCCUGCACCCACACCCACCUCAAUGCCUCGGCCAACACCAGCGCUCGCCAAGGGGUCCGCUUCCUGGUGAGCACCCAACAGAUCUCCACAGAGGAGUCUUCCUCCUUCAGCCCAGUGGUUUCCAAUGUUCAGCUUCCUCUGAAAUCUGCCUUGAAAACUGUGUCCGCCAUCAGUGACACAGAGACUCCAAAUAGCUCUCAGACCCUCUCCUGUGCUGACCAAGACAAGGAGCUGCUGGAGAGCCCGGCUGGGCCGGCUCCUCCUGAAAAAAGAAAGCCCAAGCCCAAACGAGUGAGGAUCUCCAUGGCGGACUCCACUGAAGUGGAAGAUUGUAUGACCCCCUCAGAUAUAGCGGAGUGGGAGGAGCAGCAGCUCGAUGAGCCGGUGGAUUUCAAGAACUGCAAGAUCGAUCCUGCCCCCUUCCAGCUGGUGGAGCAAACAUCUCUGCAUAAG